AUGGGCACCACUGUGGCCACCAAUGCGUUACUCGAACGGAAAGGCGAGAAAUGUGCUUUAGUAACCACGAAAGGUUUCAAAGAUGUGUUGGUUAUUGGAAACCAGAGCAGACCGCAUAUUUUCGACUUGUCGAUCUCAAAACCAGAAGUUUUGUAUGAUCUGGUGGUUGAAAUCGAUGAGCGUGUGACCCUCGAGGAUUUCGUAGAGGAUCCUCUGAACAAGUUCACACAACCACAUGGAGAGGACUUAGUCCAGGGUUUAUCUUCGGAAACAGUGCGUAUUUUGAAACGACCAGAUCCUGAGAGUAUACGCUCGACGUUGCAAUUGCUUUAUGAGAAGGGCAUCCGUUCCAUUGGUGUUUGCUUGAUGCACGCCUAUACAUUUCCAGACCACGAGAGAAUAGUUGGAGAAAUCGCUGCCGAGAUUGGUUUCAUCCACAUUUCGCUAUCAAGCAGUUUGAGUCCCAUGAUCAAGUUUGUGUCUCGUGCGAACUCCUCUAUUGUGGAUGCCUAUCUCACUCCUGAAAUCAAAAAGUAUUUGCUGAGCUUCGAGGCGGGCUUGAGACACGGAUACUUUGCAAAGAACAAUUCAGACGGUGUAAGAUGCCAUUUCAUGCAAUCUGAUGGCGGUCUAGUGGAUGCCCUCUCCUUCUCAGGUUUGCGAGCUAUUCUCUCUGGACCCGCUGGCGGGGUGGUAGGCUUCUCGGCCACCUGCUAUAAUCCAGAAAACAAAAUUCCACUUAUCGGGUUUGAUAUGGGUGGAACUUCGACUGAUGUAUCUAGAUACGGUGAGGGAAAACUCUACCAUGUUUUCGAAACAGUGACAGCGGGUGUAACCAUUCAGAGUCCUCAAUUGGAUAUUAAUACUGUGGCUGCUGGCGGUGGAUCCAUUUUAUCUUACAAAAAUGGCUUGUUUUUCGUUGGGCCCGAGUCAGCCUCAUCGGAGCCUGGCCCUGCUUGCUACAGAAAGGGUGGUCCACUAACAGUCACAGAUGCAAACCUCUAUUUAGGAAGAUUACUUCCUGAAUAUUUCCCAAAGAUUUUCGGUCCAAAAGAAAACGAAAGUCUUGACUACGAGGCUUCGGCAUCUAAGUUUGUGGCUUUGACUGAAGAGAUCAACAAGGCAAAUCCAGGUAUGCCUGCCAUGACACCAAAACAGGUUGCCUAUGGCUUUAUCAAAGUUGCCAAUGAGACUAUGGCUCGUCCUAUCCGACAAUUGGCAGAGGCAAAGGGCCAUGUCACUUCAGCUCACAGAUUAGUAUCCUUUGGUGGAGCUGGCGGCCAGCAUGCCGUCGCCAUUGCCGAAUCUUUGGGUAUUAGCACUGUCUUGAUUCAUAGAUACUCCUCGGUGCUCUCAGCUUAUGGUAUGGCAUUAGCAGAUGUUGUUGAAGACGUUCAAGAGCCUUGCUCCGUAGUAUUGCUGGAUGACAAUACUUCAACCUUAGAGAAGAGGCUUUCUGAUUUGAGAGCCAAGGCUCGAUCAGCUUUGGUAGACCAGGAUUUUGAUGAUAAUUCUAUUGUCUACGAAGAAUACCUUAACGCUCGUUUCAGUGGCACAGAGUCAGCUAUCAUGGUGCCAAAAGGUGAAACUUGGGACUUUAAGGAAAGAUUCUGUGAGAUGCACAGAAGAGAGUUCGGCUUUAUUUUCGACAAGGACAUUCUUGUUGAUGAUGUCAGAGUUAGAGGUAUCGGCAAGUCAACAAGAGAACAAGAAGAGUACAUUGAUGAUCAAAUCUCUUGCUUGGAGGCUGAAGGCGGUAUUUCUGCUCCAUCUGCAGACCUUAAAAGAUUUACUAAAUCUGUCUUCUUUGACGAUUUAGAAGUCGAUACUCCUGUCUUCAGAUUGGAGGAUCUAUCUCCAGGACAUCAAGUUGAUGGACCUGCUAUCAUUGCUGACGGUACACAAACAAAUGUGAUUCCACCCGGGUCCUCGGCUCUUGUCUUACGUAGCCAUAUCUUUGUUACCAUUUCCGCUAAGAAGUCAUUAGUGUCCCAAUCUGGCGCUGAUGAAGAAGUGGUUGAUCCUGUUCUUCUCUCUAUUUUUGGCCACAGGUUCAUGGACAUUGCUGAACAAAUGGGCUCAUCUUUGCAGAAAACAUCUGUUUCUGUUAAUGUCAAAGAGAGACUAGACUUCUCUUGUGCUCUUUUUGAUGCUUCUGGAAAUUUGGUAGCCAAUGCCCCUCAUGUACCUGUUCACUUGGGCUCAAUGUCCACUUGCAUUAAAUUCCAAGCCGAGCAUUGGAAGGGUAGAUUGAAACCAGGUGAUGUUCUUGUCACGAAUCACCCAAUGGCUGGAGGUACGCAUUUGCCUGAUAUCACAGUCAUAUCGCCUGCCUUCCAAGGUGAUCAAAUUAUUUUCUAUGUUGCAUCCAGAGCACAUCACUCGGAUAUCGGCGGUCUUUUGCCAGGUUCUAUGCCUCCAAACUCUAAAUUCCUAGAGCAUGAGGGAGCUGCAAUCCAUUCAGAAUUACUCGUGGAAAAUGGGGAGUUCCAAGAAGCAAAGAUGACUGAACUUCUACUUGUGCGCCCAGCAAAGACUCCGGGUUGCUCGGGUACUAGACGCUUGAGUGAUAACAUCAGUGAUAUGAAAGCUCAGAUUGCAGCCAACCAGAAGGGAAUUCAACUCAUUGACAAACUUGUUGCAGAAUUCACCUUACCGACUAUAUUGAAGUAUAUGGGAGCCAUUCAAGACAAUGCCGCAGAGACCGUUACAAAGAUGCUUGAUUCCAUUCUUGCAAAGCACGGAAACAGUUUGCAAUGCACUGACUACAUGGAUGAUGGCUCAAAAAUUGCAUUGUCUGUGAAGAAAGAUUCAGAAGGUAAGGUUGUAUUUGACUUCACCGGAACCGGAAUCCAAGCAUAUGGAAACAAUAACGCUCCCGUGGCAAUCACAUAUUCUGCCAUCAUCUAUUGCUUGAGAUGUUUGGUUGACGAGGCCAUUCCUCUUAAUCAAGGCUGCUUGAGACCAAUCAAGGUCAUUAUUCCAGAGCACUCUCUCCUCAAUCCAGACGAUGGAUGUGCUGUUGUAGCGGGAAAUGUCUGUACUUCUCAAGUCAUUACCAGUGUCAUUCUCAGCGCUUUCAAUGCCUCUGCUAAUUCUCAGUCUUGCUGUAAUAACUUCACAUUUGGUGUUGGAGGAAAUGAUGCUGACGGGAACUACGUUCAAGGGUUUGGCUAUUACGAGACAAUUGCCGGCGGUCACGGUGCUGGUCCUUCUUGGAAUGGAGUAAGUGGCGUUCAUACCCAUAUGACCAACACUCGAAUCACUGACUCUGAGGUCUUUGAGAAGCGUUAUCCAGUUUUGAUUCGUGAGUUCUCAAUCCGAGAGAAUUCUGGUGGAGCUGGUGCUCAUGCGGGAGGGUGUGGUGUCGUCAGAGACAUCGAAUUUAGAGUUCCGGUCACUGCCUCGAUCUUGUCAGAGAGAAGGGUCAUACCACCCCAUGGACUUGCAGGUGGCGAAGAUGGUGCUAAGGGUGUCAAUAUCUGGAUCAGACAGAUCAAAAAUGAAAAAGGCGAAGUUGUUUCUCUUAGAGAGAUCAACGUUGGAGGUAAAGGGACGAUCUCCGCUGAAGCUGGCGACAGAUUUGUGAUCAAAACUCCUGGAGGUGGUGGUUAUGGAUCAGUGAACGAUCAGGCAUCGAUUCAAAAGAAAUUGCAUGGCAGCGAUAAGUUUGCAGGGACGGGCCUGGUUGCCUUACGAAGCGAAGCGCAAUUGACGAAUUAG